GCGCUACAUAAUACCGAACACGUACUAACAAGUAAAGAAUCAUCGACCAAGGUUUUCGUUGGUUGCAGAUCUUUUCCCUGUUCCUCAACUAUAAUGCAAAUAGAAAAAUCGUGUUUGCCCAAUUUUUGAAAUUUUUCUUUUGAUGCGAUUUUCGAGGAGUGGUAUUUUUGUAUUUAUGAAAUGAAUAAGAAUUUGACGUGAUGAAUCGUCUGCCUGGAGGUGCUCCGCACGGCGAUGCCGUUUCUCCGUCUACUUCGCGGAUCCCUUCCGCUGACGUCCGUUCUCCUAAAACGGGUGCUCAAUUUCAGCCUACCGCCUUCGUUCGACGCGUAAUAGACUCGCACAAUCCCGACGAACUUAAUCGCACACCAUAUAUCGGUCAGAGUGACGCACUUGGGCCGUCGACGUCAAUACAUCGAGCCGCCGGCUUCAGUUCGCCUCCUACACCUGCGCCCAAGCAUUUCGCUCCCCUAAGCCGCCAUGACGUUUUACAGCAGCAAACCGCUCCGAGUUCGACGAUGCAAUCCUCCGCCCCAGCACAACAACACUACCAACAGUCACAUGCCGACCACACACACGUGGGUCCCACAAAGGCCUUUGACCGGCUGGCCUUCCGCGCCGUCAGCCAGACCUUUAACGAUCUGAGAGACCGCGGCAUCCUGCUGAUCUCUGAUGAUAGUGCGCAGCGCAACGUACCCUUUCAGCUCAGCCCCAGCGUGGCUAAGUUUUUUAUGACAGAUAGUCAAGAGCAGCAACAUGCGCCACAAGAUCCCACUGCGUGGCCGGCGUUGGCACAUUCCGAUGCAACACGCCAAGGCUACCAUGUGCAGUUGGGUAGACGAGAGAACCCGGUUGUGCAGCACCAAUCACAGGUUGUGCAUAGUGAAGAUUUUAUGCCACUUGAAGCACCACCCACAAUUUAUCCUAGAACAGAAGCUCAAGCCGAUGAUAAGAUCCGUAUGAUGUUGAAAUACCUGGUUAAAUACACCAACCACGGCUUUAACGGGCCCUGGAUCAAGAAGUUCCUUUCGCGCAAUCUACAGACCGAGUCACGCGAACUGCGCACAAUCUUCGAUUCCAUGCACAUGAUCUGGGACAUGGAGCAGUACUGGGACAAUCUUCAACGGCGUCGCUACGCCACCCAUUUCCGCUGGGUCUACAAGUUUGCCCCCAUCAACGUCCAGAUGUGGGCCAAGAAGCAACUGUACAAGCUGCAGUGGCCCACGCGCUAUCUGCGCCAGAAAGCGUUGUGGCAAGCCGCCAGCCUUGGCGGAGAAAUUCAGGAAAUUGUCCAUAAGGUGUACCCGAAUAUCACCCAGGAGAUGUAUCCGUCCACCGAGGAAGCCGUGAUGCUGGCCGCCGUGGAUGUCGGUGACCUUUCAGCGCCCACCGAGACCAAAGACGCCCUGGAAACCUCUUUCGCCGAUUGGAUUCAGACCUCCGCAGCCAACCUUAGCGUGACCAUCUCGUACGCGUGGAAUGAACUGCGGGAAGACGGGGUCCUCCAUAAGGACAGCAUGGAGUUGGCGCCGCAGGAAGCCGAACUGCUGACAGCGCUGCGUAAUCUCGACGCGGCCAUCAAGGACUACGGCGUCCAUGGGGUGGAGAUCGGGCAGGAGGGGGCGCUGGAAUACGCCAAAGUGGUGCUGCGAUUCACACAGGGUCUUCAUGAUUAUCUGGAGAUGAAGGAACAUGGAGCACAGCUGCAGCAGGGGUUUAUGGUGACGGGAGGGCAGAUCAUGCCGUUGGGGGCUUUGGAAGGAGCGCCGGGGGUGGAAGCGCCUAAGGAAACUAUGGCACAUGCUAUGCCACAGGAACCGACGGUUCGGAUACGGCUGGCGCAGCGACAGGAAAGCGGGUUGGAGUCUGAGGAUUCGCUGGCAACCGAUGCUGAGAGAGACCAGCUAUCGACGGACUUGGGAACCGAGUCGGAAAUGGAAAGCACCAAACGUGCACUUACCAACGAGCCAGAGCGCCAGUAUCGAAACGCCGAAGCUCCUAUGAAUAUGAAUGCACAAGAGAACCUUCUAUCGGAUGAAACGCGAGCGCGGCUGCUACGCAGUGCGCGGUUGGACUUUUACGAAAAACAUCGUUCCCCGUCCCUAAGCCCACUCCGGCGCGCUCAGUUUAACCCGGAAGCCCCGCUGCAUACCGAGUCUGUCUUCGAAGAUGACAGGCAGUAUGCAACUGAGCCUGCAACGGGUGGGAAGAUAGCCGAAAGGGAGGAACCGUUCGUCGCUCAACUGCCAGAAGGGCAAAUGAAUUUAGCAGGGCAAAAUUCAAAGGGUGGUAAAGAGCAAACUGGUGUGAAUUACGAAGGCCACGCCCAUGAGCAACGGUUUAAUCUCACCGAAGCUCCGGAACGACAUAUUGUUAUUUAAGUUGCCGUUUGCUGCUACUGACACUGUUGUGCAAUGACUAGUUUUGGUCAUCUAUUUCCUGCUCUUUUUCCUUGCAACUUUUCUGUCUUAGAUAGACCUUUUUAAUGUUCCCUGACCGAACACUUUUUCUGUUUGUUAAUUUGCUGCAGUUUCCUUAUUGUUAGUUGUCGCGCCAUAAAUGAUAGCUAAGAGUGCCUUUGAAAGGUCACAAUAUUUAUUCCCGAAUAACAAAAUCU